AACAGAUUACUAAAGAAGUAAAUAAAACAAAAGAUAGAAAAAUAGAUGAAAUAGUAAAUAUGAAUAAAAAGGUAGACAACAUAGUAGAUAAAAAAGCAAAUAAAGAGAUAGAUAAACUGGUAAACAAAUUGAUAGAUAAAAUAAUAAAUAAUAUAGAGUAUGAAGUAGUAGAUAAGUAUAUAUACAAGACAACAAAUAAAGAAAUAGACAAAAUAAUAGAUAAAAUAGCAGAUGAAGUG